AUGCUUCCCCCACAAGCGGCCAAUCUCAGUAUUGAGGCCCUGAGUGGAAUCUGUGGCUCAAUUUCCAUUGCUUGCUGGGUCGUGGUAUUUUCGCCACAGAUCAUUGAAAAUUUUCGACGUGGCUCAGCCGAUGGACUGUCUCUUCUUUUCCUGAUCGUUUGGCUCGCCGGUGAUGUGUUCAACAUCCUUGGUGCAGUCUUACAGGGUGUACUUCCCACAAUGAUCAUUCUGGCAGUGUAUUACACUCUGGCAGACAUUGUCCUUUUAGGGCAAUGUUUCUACUAUCGAGGAUUCAAUAUACGCGAUGAGCUCUCCUCAUCGUCGUCAUCAGAUUCUCAUUCAGUUGUUGAAGGUUCGCGUGAUGGCAAUGAAGAAAGCGGUUCAGAAGCCAAUGCGUCGCCGACGGAACGAUCAUCGUUGCUACCUAAGUCGAAUGGGCACGCUCAUGGCGAGGAGACAGCUGGGGAAGCCGGUCCAACAGGGGCUUCGACUGCACAGCGCCAACGCUCGUCUGCCUCUCUGGGCAAAGAUAUCGCCCAUCACCACGUAGAUGGCACGCACUUGUCCCCCGCCACCCCUUUCAUUGACCCGAAUUCGGAACGGGCGCGUUAUCAACGCCGGCGUCGUCGCAUUUCGACCAUUCAAUCGAUUUUGUUCAACACAACUGCUAUUGCUCUUGUGUGCGCUGCUGGUAUUCUCGGGUGGUAUGUCAGCCCCGGGUCGAAGAAGUCCAAAGCAGAGCCCGAGCCCUUGACUCUUGAUCCCUUGGGCCAGGCAUUUGGGUACCUCUGCGCAGUCUUCUACUUGGGCUACUGCUCGCGUGUCCCCCAAUUACUGCUCAACUACCGACGCAAGUCAACGGAUGGAGUAUCGCUCCUGUUUUUCCUCUUUGCUUGUAUCGGCAACUUGACCUAUGUUUUGUCCAUUAUGGCAUACUCGCCCGUUUGUCGGGGAACCACGUCCGCUAGCAGUGAGCUUGGUGAGAUGUCCCAUCGCCAUCGCCCGCAUUGCCGCCCAGGAGAGGCGGCAGCACUCUACGGACAGUAUGUCCUUGUAAACUUGUCCUGGUUGGUGGGCAGUUUCGGGACGCUGGUUUUGGACAUGGCCAUCUUUGUGCAAUUCUUUUUGUACAGAGAUGCGAAGAUCUUGGACGAGGCAUAA